CAUGUCUUUGCGCUGGGGAGCCCCUAUAAUAUUUGGGGCAUGGUCUUUGUAGUGGCCAUACUUAAGAGCCCCUGAUCUGGUUGGGGUGAAGCUCUUUUCAUGCUGGACUUCAUGUCUUUGUGCUGAGGAGCCCCCCAAAUUGUGGGAGUAUGGGCUUCUCAGAAUGGACUUAGUGGUUGCUCAUUUAUUUGGAGUUUGUCUAGCUCCAUUCCUGGCUGCGUGACUUCGCCCUUCAUCCAGUGAGUGUUGAUGUGGUAGGAUCUCUCAACCGCCCCAUCCCUUUGGCCUCCCUGACCUCUUCAAGCAGCGUGGUGGUGUGAUGAAGGCACACGGUGGCUGCGUGACUUCGCCCUUCAUCCUGUGAGUGUUGAUGUGUUGGGAUCUCUCAACUGCCCCAUCCCUUUGGCCUCCCUGACCUCUUCAAGCAGCGUGGUGGUGUGAUGAAGGCACACGGUGGCUGCGUGACUUCGCCCUUCAUCCUGUGAGUGUUGAUUUGGUAGGAUCUCUCAACUGCCCCAUCCCUUUGGCCUCCCUGACCUCUUCAAGCAGCGUGGUGGUGUGAUGAGCGGGUUCUGCUGGCUGAAGGCACACGGUGAGUAGACUCUGGCCAGGCAUGGAGAUGCGUGCUGAAGCCUGAAGCUUUCCGGUCUCAUUCUCCUUGGGUUGGGCUCUUGGAUGAACAGCCCUGGUCCUCAAGAAGGCCUUCUAAAGAGGGAGAAGAGUAGAUUAUUAUUUUUUAUUUAUCCACUUUCUAUAGAGCCCGUCCAAAAAUGGCUCGGGGCGGUAUACACAGAGAAAUAAUAAAUAACUAAGAUGGAUCUGUGUUCACGAGGGGCUCACAAUCUCACAAAGCGACAGCAGAUAGACAGCAGCAACAGUCACUGGAGGUCCUUUGUAGUGGUCAUAUACUGAAGAGCCACUGAUCUAUUUGGGGUGCACUUUUUUCAUGCAGGACUUCACGUCUUUGCACUGGGGAGCCCGUAUAAUAUUUGGAGCAUGGCCUUUGUAGUGGUCAUAUACUGAAGAGCCCCUGAAGUGCCGGGGUGCCCCUUUUUUCCUGCUGGACUUCAUGUCUUUGCACUGGGGAGCCCCUAUAAUAUUUGCAGGAUUGCCUUUGUAGUGGCCUUACUGAAGAACCCUUGAUCUGGUUGGGGUGAAGCUUUUUUCAUGCUGGACUUCAUGUCUUUGCGCUGAGGAGCUCCCUCAAUUGUGGGAGUAUGGGAUUCUCAGAAUGGACUUAGUGUCCGUACGCUGAGUGGUUGCUCAUUUAUCUGGAGUUUGUCUAGCUCCAUUCCUGGCUACGUGACUUCGCCCUUAAUCCUGUGAGUGUUGAUGUGGUAGGAUCUCUCAACUGCCCCAUUCCUUUGGACUCCCUGACCUCUUCAAGCAGCGUGGUGGUGUGAUGAGCGGGUUCUGCUGGCUGAAGGCACACGGUGAGUAGACUCUGGCCAGGCAUGGAGAUGCGUGCUGAAGCCUGAAGCUUUCCUGUCUCAUUUUCCUUGGGUUGGGCUCUUAGAUGAACAGCCCUGGUCCUCAAGAAGGCCUUCUAAAGAUGGGGAAGAGUAGAUUAUUUUUUUUAUUUAUCCACUUUCUAUAGAGCCCGUCCAAAAAUGGCUCGGGGCGGUUUACACAGAGAAAUAAUAAAUAACUAAGAUGGAUCUGUGUUCACGAUGGGCUCACAGUCUCACAAAGGGAAAGCAGAUAGACAGCAGCAACAGUCACUGGGAGGUCCUUUGUUGUGGUCAUAUACUGAAGAGCCACUGAUCUAUUUGGGGUGCACUUUUUUCAUGCAGGACUUCACAUCUUUGCACUGGGGACCCCCUAUAAUAGUUGGAGCAUGGCCUUUGUAGUUGUCAUAUUCUGAGGAGCCCCUGAUCUGGUAAGGGUGGAGCUUUUUUCAUGCUGGACUUCACGUCUUAGCCAUGGGGAGCCACUAUAAUAUUUGGAGCAUGGUCUUUGUAGUGGUCAUAUACUGAAGAUCCCCUGAAGUGCCUGGGGUGCCCCUUUUUUCCUGCUGGACUUCAUGUCUUUGCACUGUGGAGCCACUAUAAUAUUUGGAGCAUGGCCUUUUUAUUGGCCAUACUGAAGAGCCCCUUAUCUGGUUGGGGUGAAGCUCUUUUCAUGCUGGACUACUUUGUCCUGGGGAGCCCCUCAUUUGAAUGGGGUGCAGCUCUUUUCAUGCUGUACUUCAUGUCUUUGCGCUGAGGAGCCCCCCCCCCCCAAUGUGGGAGUAUGGGCUUCUCAGAAUGGACUUAGUGUCUGUACGCUGAGUGGUUGCUCAUUUAUCUGCAGUUUGUCUAGCUCCAUUUCUGGCUACGUGACUUCUCCCUUCAUCCUGCGAGUGUUGAUGUGGUAGGAUCUCUCAACUGCCCCAUCCCUUUGGCCUCCCUGACCUCUUCAAGCAGCGUGGUGGUGUGAUGAGCGGGUUAUGCUGGCUGAAGGCACACGUAGCUGUAAGGCAUAUUAAAAAAAAAAAAGUUCUCCACCUCCCACACAGUUCAGUAGUGAUUCUCUGCGCAUCCAGCCCUAACAUGCUGUGAGACUCCAGAAUUAAACGUCCUGUGGAACUGAAUUUCCAAUGAAUUGCUUUGACUUUCUCUCCGCCUGUCUCUUCCCUUUGACUGUUUUGUUGAUAUGCUGAGCAUUAAAUUUCUCAGCAACUCAAUUAUCAUCUGAGCCAACAAGAUGUCUCAGGCACCGUGGCUGGCAAUGAAUGCAGUUGUGUCUGAAUCUGCAAAUGCUUCGGAAUACCUGGCACCUGCGAUUAACAAUGAGACCAGAGAGGAAAGAUGGUCCGUCGAUGGCUCUCUUGGGCUGGGGAUACUCUGCACAAUUUAUGUGACCUACGCCACGAUCAUUUCCGUGGGUCUUCUCGGGAACGUGAUCCUCAUUAAAGUUUUCUUCAAGAUCAAAUCAAUGCAGACCGUUCCGAACAUCUUCAUCACCAGUCUGGCCUUUGGCGAUUUGCUGCUUCUGCUAACCUGUGUGCCAGUUGAUGCUGCUUGUUACAUUGUGGAUACCUGGCUCUUUGGAAGGAUAGGCUGCAAGCUACUGUCUUUUAUCCAGCGAACGUCUGUAGGAGUGUCCGUGUUCACGCUAACUGUGCUCAGUGCUGACAGGUACAGAGCCAUCGUGAAGCCCCUGGAGCUGCAGAGGGCGGAUGUGGUCCUGAAGACCUGCUGCAAGGCGGCCUGUGUCUGGAUCAUGUCCAUGCUCUUCGCUGUCCCGGAAGCUGUGUCCUCUGAUUUGUAUGCCUUCCACAUUCCGGAGAGAAAUGGCUCUUUCGAAAGCUGCGCGCCUUACCCAGUGUCUGAGCGCCUCUUGCAGGAGGCUCACUCUCUGGUUUGCUUCCUGAUGUUCUACAUCAUCCCCCUCGCGGUUAUUUCGGUCUACUAUUUUCUGAUCGCCAAAGCGCUGUACAAAAGUACCUCCAACAUGCCGGCGGAAGAACAUGGCCACGCACGGAAACAGAUUGAAUCCCGCAAGAGAGUAGCCAAAACGGUCCUGGUCCUGGUGGGGUUGUUUGCUUUCUGUUGGCUGCCCAACCACAUCCUUUACUUGUAUCGCUCCUUCACCUACCACACGUCAAUAGAUACGUCUACCUUUCACCUGGUCACCACUUUCUUCUCCCGGGCGUUGGCCUUUAGCAAUUCCUGCGUCAACCCCUUUGCUCUCUACUGGCUGAGCAAAGGUUUCCGCCAACAUUUUAAGAAAGAAGUGCUGUGUUGUAAGAAGAAGGUCCCUGCACGGCGCCCCAGCAUCACCCAGAGUCAUACUCCAACCAGAGCGAUGUCGGUCACAGGCUCAGAAAUCAGUGUUACUUUGAUGACGGAUUACAGCAUUACCAAAGAAGAGGAGAGUGUCUAAUUCUGCCCCAUCUGAAGACAGUUGUCAGGCAAAGAUCCAUCAAGACCGGACCAUGCCAGAAUCUAGGAAAGAGAGUAUUCUUUUGUGUUUUGAAAUUCACUGUUUUUAUUAAGGACCCAAGUCCUCCCCUUCAUACACAACUGCAGCAACAAGGAAGCGAGUUCUUUGCGGUGUGAUUCCACACAGCUCUGGCAGUGCGUUGCUAGGGUGGGGCAAUUCUAACACCUCGAAAUCUGUGCCGAAGAUCUGUGCAUCGUUACUGAUCUUGAAGAACUGUUGGAAUGAUUAAAACAGGGCAAAGCUGCUGUCAGGAAUUUGAAGGCUUGGUCUGCGGUGUUUCUAUUCUCCUAGUGAAAGUGUGUAAGAAGCAGGGAUCCAGAUCUCCAUAGCUCUGGAAGACACUAAGCUUGUUCGCACAACCAUUUUGAGGUGGGUAGGAGUCCAGGCAAAAUGCCACCCUGCCUGCCACACACGAACAUCAUUUCAGCUUAGCUCUGCAAACCCAGCAAACACAUGAGCAUGGUUCCAUUGCUGAACUCGACGACUGGAAGCCCCACUCCUCCGUGGAAGGCCUCCAAGGGCCCAGAUGCCUGGCUUCCCAGCAUGUCUUGCUCUGCCAGCAGAAUGGAAAAGCUUCAUGAUGUUUGCGGCUGCCCUCCCAUUGGUCAUGAAGGAGAAGGAGGCGGAUGCAGCCCUGCCAAAGCGGCUCCAGCCUCAGGAUCAUAGAGUGUGCUUUGCAGGCUAGCACGUCCAUUGAUGGUGGCCAUUGUAUGCACAGCUCUCCAUGGUUUCUCUCUGGGAGAGGGUGUGCUGAAGAAUCAGGGUAGGAGGUAAAAAAGCUGGGUAGCCUUGCUGGGAGCAACCUGAGCUAGAGGGGAAGGCACGGGUUCUGAUGAUCAUGCAAAUCUGGGUAGCCCACCUCGUGCCCUGAUUUUAACGAUCAUGAGAACCAGCCAUUAUGUCAUUCACAGCAACUGCAUAAAUAAUUCACCUCUUCUCCAAUGAUUUUCCCUGUUCUGUUUCUCAAUGGUUAUUAAACAUUUCUCUUUUCUUCUAAUCAUUCUCUUCUCUUUUAGAUGAAAUGUCCUUAUUUCUAUUAAUGCAUCUUGUACUGAAUUGCUUUCAAUUAAUCCAUUCUGUGGUUUAAUUUGUUACUCAUUUAAUAAAGUUUGCAUCUGCAGGCAAAAAGUGAUAUAAGAA